UCUAGAAUCACAUUACCACACCCCCAGAGAACCAAAAUUCAAAAUGGCGUCCAAGAAGUCACCAGAAUACAGGACUCUAAGAGAGCACUUUCACGACAUUUGUGACGCCCUUAGUCAGGUCCCCAACUCCAUAUCUCCUUUGGCUAAUGAUUUAUGUGCUGCUAGUAUCAUUUCAACGACUACCAGGACAGCUGUCACUGCUAUAAGAGGCGUGGCUCCUUAUGACCUAGCUUCACAACUGAUCAGUGCUGUUCACGUCACUGUUGAAUACAGCCCAAACAAAUUCUACACUUUAGUCGAGAAACUCAACGUUCACGGCUUUAAUGAGCUAGCACAAAUGUUGUACGAGAAAUGUGAGGCAUCAGGUGGGAGGGCCGCUCCUUCAGCCAGUGGAGAAGACGUCGGAGAAACUCCGCCCACAUCAAACAACACAAUUGACUUCAACCACCCGUCACUCCAGACAGGACCUUCCUUCCGGGAUCUGUCUAAUCUCGUAGCUGCUAGGAUACCCAACAAAUGGAGGGACCUUGGGCUCCAGCUGGGUCUACGAGUCUCAGAGCUUGACGGUAUAUAUGAUAGGCGGAACAGAGUACCCAGCCAUUGCUAUAUGGACGUGUUUGAGUUGUGGGAGAAAGGGGCAAUGCCGUAUACAUGGGUUACACUUCUUCAAGGACUCUCUUCUCCUUUUGUUAAUGAAACCGGCCUAGCCAUUGAGAUUAGUCAAGAAAUUAUUAGAAGGAACAAUUAGUUGAUUUUAAUUUCGUUGUUGUUAUUGUUGUUGUUUUUUAAUUUUUUGUUUUUGUUGUUCCUUUGUUAAGGAGUUUUUGUUAUGACAAGCUGUGGUACAAAUGAUA